AAGAUGCAAUGUUUAAGGUGGCGUCACUUACUACUACUGGGAAGUACAGAGAGGAAUUAUUAUACUGGCGCGUAUCGACCGAGUAAAAACAAUUUGCCCCUCGUCGUUUACACAUUUCAGCUUCAACUAUUUAACGCAGUUAACACUCAACAAUCAUGGAAAUAUCGCAUGAAAUAUUGGACGCAAUGGAUAUUGGUAAUGACAAAGAUGUGAUGGAAGUACUGAAGCAUGCGAUUUCAGAAGAGAAUGUUAUCCUGGAGUCAGAGACUACAGAGGAUUCUGAGGAAACAGAAAUUGAAGAAAUCAUCGAAAUAAUAGAAGAAGUAGAAGAAGAGAAAGAAGAAUUGCAGGAUGAUACAGCUCUUGUAGAAAAUGAAGACAAAGCGAAAACAGACAUGGGAGUGUAUACUUUCGAGGAAACACAUUCGGGGAAGAAAGGUGAGAAGAAAUAUGGGAAUCAUAAAAGCAAUAGUAAGCAAGUUAUAAGAUACGACGUGGAUGAGGACUGGCAAGAUGAAGACAUGGAAGAGGAGGAACAGUACGAAGUGAAAUAUGAACGUAAUUUAAGUCAAAGCGAAGAGUUCUUGCAAGAACUGAAAGUACCAAAUAAUAAUAGAAAAUAUGUAAAUAAGCAACAAAAUUCUUUGCAAAUGAAUAGAUCGGAAUCUUUAGAUCAUAUAGAAUCUAUGGAUAAGAUUGAAAACUCGAAAUUAACUCAAGAAUUCGAAAAUAAUGUGAGUAAUUACGAAUAUGAUGAUAAUAACGUAAGUCAUGAAAUUGUGAAGAAUACCGAGAAUAAUCUGUUGUAUACUGUUCUUGGUAUAAAGAAGCCGAGCUCUGUAAAAGCAUUACAGAUGGAUAAAGUCUCGGAUGCUAAUUACAUUAAGAUGGAACAUCUUAAUGAGAAUUCUUUACCAGUUGAUGGGGCAAUUUAUUAUGAAGGAGAGAACAUGGAAACGGUGUAUGUUGCGGAGAACACGGACGAUAAUGAACAAUAUUCUUAUGAAACUGCAGCAAUAGAAAAUGAGGAACAGGCAUGGGAAGCAAGUAACUCGGAUACAAAUCAAAAUCAGGAAAAAGAAGUUUUCCAGGACCAAAUAUUUCUACACGAAGACGAAGAGGGGCAAUUGUACUUCAAAGACGACACCGGUGCAUUGCAACCUGUGUAUUUAACUGAAGAUGGGCACUACGCUAUUGCUGAUACCAGCGAUGACCAAGGGAGCAAGGACCUGCCAACUAAGUCUCAACAGAGUGAUAAACAAAUAGACGAAGAAUCUUAUUCUGCAACGGAAAGCGAACUCAAGUCCUCUCAAAAUAAUAGACAGAAUGUGGUGCCUGCUACUGAUAUCGACAACGAAGAUAAUACUGUAACUAUAUCUUUAAUAAUAUCCGAGGAUGAACACGGGCAGAAAAGGACUCAAGUCAUCAUACCCACAACGGACAAUUUGAAGUGUGACAUUUGUAAUAAAAGUUUUAAAACAUCUUUCCAGUUACUUCGACACAAUAGACUGAAACACGCUCGUGAAGAAGAUAUUACAACCAGAAACUUCCCAUGCGACUUGUGCCCCAAGAGGUAUCCAGAUCAGAACUCCUUAGCCCGUCACAGAAAGACUCACACUGGUGAUCGACCAUUUCAGUGCCUCGAGUGCCAUAAAAACUUUCCGACGUCCACCGCUCUACGUCGUCACAUGACGCUUCAUAAUUCGCAAUCUCGACCUCUUCCGUGCAUUUACUGCGGUCGCCGCUUCGUAGACAAAGCUAGUCUGGUCAAACACGAGCAGUCGCAUUUGGCUGGUGAUCAGCGGACCCACACGUGCGAUGUAUGUCAUAAGUCAUUCUUACAUGCAACUGAUCUGAGUCUACAUAAAAAAUAUCAUGAUCCCGAUAAGAAAUUUGACUGUGAGGUUUGUGGUCGAGAGUUCAACAGAUUGAACAAUUUGCAGAGACAUAUGAUGGUACAUCAACAACAAGGGGCGAACCAGGAGAUACUUUCUUGCGACGUGUGCGGCAUCACCUAUAAGUUCAUGAGUUCACUGACCAGGCACAUGGUGACGACCCACAUGAACCCGGAAAAAUUGAGACAACAGGCCGAGGAGCAACGGAGGAAGCGCGAAAACAAUUAUCGUCGUUAUCUGGAGAAUCGGAAAAUGUACGAGACUCAGCAGGCGAGCUCCUACAACCCUAAGCGAACUUAUCACACCCGUCUGCACAGCGAAAGUAACGACGACGAGGUGGCUUGAUUUGCAUUUUUGAGCUAACGUUCAACAAUGAGAAGUACCACAAUAGAAUCAUAGUUUUAUAAAAUAAAUGAAAACAGAAGUAUGAUAUUUAACUGUAACGUAGUGAUAGUCUUUUUGCUAUAAUUUAAAUAUAUACGACUCACGUAGUGUUUGAGAUGUUAAUGUAAUUACAUAUCUUUAUAUGAAUUUCGCAUUGGCAUUAUCUGGCACUCUAGAAAAAUGCAGGACAUGUAUUGGAAGUGAAUUACUAUACAUGCAAUCAUGUUCAUUUCAUUUUGUUUGUACGCUAAAUAUGUACCUACAUUAUAGAUGAUAUAAUUAUGAUCAGUAAUAUUUUAAUAUAUGCAUAUUUUAUUGUAUUUUCGAUGUAAUUAUACUCAUAUGAUGUAGCUAAGUACAAAAUACUGUUAAGAGGAAGGAGGAGAAAAAUUUAUAAGUCGAUUUCGUACAUACGACAAAGUUUCUAUUGUAGUGAUAUGAAUAUUGUAUAAACAUUAUAUGAGAAUGAGAGGAAUACAUAUAAGCUGAUUUUUUUAUAUUAA